UUAUUCAUUGGUCGCUAAGUUCAGGUUGUUGAAAAUAAGAUGGCGUGAUUGGGUCAUUUCUUUAUAAAGGAAAUUAUUUUGCGAGUGAAAACACAAUAAGGGAAAUCGCUGGAAACGUGUUUACUCCUUAAUAAUACAACUGGAAUGUAAGCAACAGAUCUUGGAUUUUUUCACAAAAUAUAUCUUGUUGAUCAACUCUUGCGAAGCAAGAUUGCUACUAUCUAUGGUAUCUACUGCAAUCUGAAACUAUGAUGUUUGUACAGUACCAAAACUGUUGAUAAACUAAACGAGUGUUGUAAAUAAGUACCAUUAGUUGCUGCUAUGGACGACGAUGAUGGCACAUCACUUGUUAAAAUCGAACUUGAACAAGAAAACGAAAUAAAUUCUUCUCUUGAUGGAACCGUUUUUGUCAGCAACGUUGCUUUGGUUGCAAUAAAGGAUGAAAUUUCCCUCGGUACACAGUAUUCCGAAUUGUUGCAUAAUGGAAACACGCAGCAACAAACUGAUAAUCACUCAACAGAUGGUAAUUUGCAACUUAAACAACACAUUUUGAAGCAUGAGGUUUCUAAAGGCUUUAAAUGUAAGAGUUGUGAUUAUAAGACAGACAGGAAAGAUCGCCUUAAACAACACUCUUUAAUGCACAAAGAUUCUAUUAAGUUUAAAUGUGGGAAUUGUAAUUUUGGAACCAAUUAUAAAUACCGCUUCCAAAGACACCUUUUAACUCAUACUUUGAAAGAUUUUAAAUGUGCUAAUUGCGAUUAUGUGACAAACAUCGAGAAUUAUUUAAAAAGACACAGUUUAAAACACAAACUUUCGAAAGAUUUUAAAUGCCCCACUUGUGAUUACGGCACACACAGAAAAUCUUACCUCGACCGACACCUUUUGAAGCAUAAGGUUUCUCAUGAUUUUAAAUGUGAUCAUUGCGAUUAUGGGACAAACAUAAAAUUUAACUUCAAACAACACCUCUUGAAACAUGCCCAGAAACAUGUUUCUAAAGAUUUUAAAUGUGACAUUUGCGAUUAUGGAACAAACUUAAAAUUCAAUUUCACACAACACGUCUUGAAACAUGCCCGAAAACAUGUUUCCAAAGAUUUGAAAUGUGUCAAUUGCGAUUAUGUGACAAAUAAUGAGACCUAUUUGAAACAACACGUUUUAAAACACAAAAUUUCCAAAGAUUUUAAAUGCGCUAAUUGUAAUUUUGAAACCCAUUAUAAAUCCCACUUCGAAAGGCACCGUUUAACACAUGCUUCAAAAAAUUUUAAAUGUGCUGAUUGCGAUUACGUGACAAAUAUUGAGAAUUAUUUAAAAAGACACAUUUUAAAACACAAACUUUCCAAAGAUUUUAAAUGCCCCACUUGUGAUUAUGCAACACACAGAAAAUCUUACUUCGACCAACACCUUUUGAAUCAUAAGGUUUCUAAAGAUUUUAAAUGUCAUCAUUGCCGUUAUGGUACAAACAUAAAAUCUAAUUUCAAACAACACCUCUUGAAACAUGCUCUGAAACAUGUUUCUAAAGAUUUGAAAUGUGUUAAUUGCGAUUAUGUGACAAACAAUGAGGCCUAUUUGAGACAACACGUUUUAAAACACAAAAUUUCCAAGGAUUUUAAUUGCGCUAAAUGUAAUUAUGGAACCAAUUAUAAAGACAACUUCAAAAAACAUGUUUUGACACAUGCUUCAAAAUAUUUUAAAUGCGCUAAUUGCGUUUAUGUGACGAACAAUAAAAAUUAUUUGAAACGACACAUUUUAAGACACAAAGUUUCCAAAAAUUUUAAAUGCGCUCAUUGCGAAUUUGGGACCAACUUAAAAUAUACCUUCAAACGGCACCUUUUGAAGCAUAAGGGUUCUAAAGAUUUUAAAUGUGAUAAUUGUGAUUAUAGGACAAAUAGAAAAGACCGUCUUAGACAACACGCUUUAAGACACAAUUAAAUGCGCCCAAAUUAUUUAAAAUAAACUUUUGAAACAUUUAACACAUUAAACAACAAAUUUGACUAAAAACAACACCUUUUGAAACAAGCCUCAAUCCGAUUUUUAAAUAUGAUUAUUGUGAUUACGGUACUUGCACAAAAACUUGUUUCGAACGACACCUUUUUUAGCACAAGGUUUGUAAAGGCGAUUGUGAAACAAAGACAAAAUAUUUCAAUAUGUAAUGGCGUUUGCGCCUAACUAUUCUAUGAUUAUUGUAUUCUAUGGUUUUUGGAAUUUUUGUGAUGCGUUUAGACAGAGAUGGUUUGAAAACUGGCGUUGGUGAGAGAGUAGGGUAAAUUUUGUUUGAUUUAUCUUAAUAAAAUAUUAAAUGAU